AUGACGAACGCGACGAGCAACGCCGACACGGUCGCGAAACUCCUUGAAGGAGAUCUCUUCACCCUCAGGAGACCGUAUGCCCCGGGAGAAGAGACUGGUGUACUGAUUCUAGCAAUAAUCUCCUGCAUCUCCGCUACCGCAGUCACAGGUCUUCUUCUGGCUAUAGCGAUAUCUGCGUUCAACACCCGCAAGUCAACCUCUCGUAAUCUCUUCGUCCGAAGUCACGUCGCUGCGUACUUCAUCUGCAUGCUGUCAUGCGAGGUAGUGCAAACAAUUGGCUCCAUCAUGAACGUCCGCUGGUUCAGUCAAAUGGCGGUAACAUUUGGACCAUAUUGCACGACGCAAGGUGUAUUGAAACACGUAGCUGAUGUCGGCACGGCCUACUGGUACGCCUUGAUCAUUGCCACAAACACUUUCUGGAUAUUGUUCCUGCGCUGGAAGCUCCGGAGAGUCAUCCUCAUCAGCGCUUUCGUGGGCGGCUGGUCUACCAUCGGUUUCAUCGUAAGCGUCGGCCCCGGCCUCCUUCAGAAAGUCGAGAAGGGCCCUUUCUACGCCAUUUCAGGAUACUGGUGCUGGAUCUCGGACGAGUACCCCUCCGAACGAAUCACACUGGACUAUAUGAUUAUGUUCCUAUCCGCCCUGCUCAGCUUCAUCAUGUACAUCCUGGUAUAUCUGAGGCUGCGGGGAAACAUCAUGCUGCACGGCUGGAGGGUGUCGUUCCGUUUCGGACGAAGAAGCACCGAGUAUUCCACCAGGAGCGUCGACUCGCAUGCUGUGAACGUCGCGAAGAGUAUGCUACUGUGGCAGCUGGCGUAUACGAUACUGCUGUUGCCUAUUGCGGUCUCUCGAUUCGUCGAAUGGACGGGGCAUGAGGUGCCGUAUGCGGUGACGAUAUUUUGCGACGCGAUUUUCCUCCUUUCAGGAUGCGUGAACGUAGCACUGUUCCUCACAACUAGGCGCGUCCUCCCGGCCGGCAGCGUCGUCCCCCGGUCAAUCAGCCAACGCUUCCGCAUCCCCUCCCGCUCGAACACCGAGCAAAGUAUAUGCACCCCCUCCACCGCCGCCUUCACCGACGUCGAGAAGAUGAUCUACGCCGAGCACGCGCUUGGCCGCACCGACUCCAUGGGCUCCGAAUCAAUGUACAAAGUCUCUACGCGCACGUCAACGCAGUACCCUGAAACCCCCGUGUUCUCCGUGGGCGAGCCUGCGGAGGAGUAUGACGACGUCGCGCUGGACAGUGCCCGGCUCGGGUCGGAACCUGCGUGGAAACCUGCGUUAGGGUCUCCAGACGAGCUCGGACGGGGCGAGCGACUCGACAUCUCAAUUCGCGAGCCCCGAAGGGUGUCGUCGGAGCCCUCCCCCACGAUCCCGGUCGCCAUCCCUACGGGCGCGUUUAGACCGUUUGGAGACGAGUCGGGGGCUCCGUGA